UUAAGGCAUUCACUGAAUGCGCUGAUGCUCAUCGACAUACAGCCAAGCACACGGUCUCUUGUAAGCAAAAUAUUGCCGCAAAUAUCCCAUUAUCUGCUGGCUCAGCCGUGGUAUAAAUAAAGGAUGUCACGAGAAGAGAGAAUGACUAUAUACCUUGUUUUUCCACCCAACGCGGUUCAUGGUCCCAUGCGAAGCAAAUACUAAUAGCCGAGGAAAGGCCUACAGUGUUGAUAUCAGGAUUACUGUUACUUGAGCAUCUGUCUUGCGUAACUGGAAGUUGGGCUAACGAUGAGUCCCGGAAAACCUACAGAUACACAUAACUCAUAUUAGUUAAGGCAGGUCGCUUAGGACCUAACGUUCAGUGUGCACCGGACUUAAGGAGAGCUGUGGUUUCAAAUGGUUGCGUGACGCGUUAUUCAGCAGGCGGGGGAGUAGGCAGGAUUCCCAACGCUCGGAAAAGUCUUUGGAUGUAUAGAAAGACCCUGGUUGGACAGACCGCAUGACAAGCAAAAUGGCGUUUGGAGAUCCAUUUCGCAGACACCGGACACAGAGACCUGUGUUUCAGCGUUCUUUUACUUCGACCACGGAGGGCAGCCAAGGGGUUAUUAUACGCCGUGGAAGAAAGGAAGACGUCCCGGGAGUCUGGAAACUGACAGAGGAAUUCAAGUGGAAUAAACAUCAAGACAUGAUUGAAACCCUCUUCAAAGUAUGUGAAAAUGGCUGGACUAUAGCGGAAAAGGACGGAAGUGUUGUGGGUUGUUGUUUGACACACGACUUUAAUGAUGAUCUGACUACAGUGGGGCACUUUCUAGUGUCGUCAAAGAUGCGCGGUUAUGGUGUAGGGGGACAAAUACUGAGAAACAUUGUAGAGGAAUAUGGCGAAAGAAAUAUUCAUUUUAGUUCCAUUUCGUAUAUGAUAGAUACAUAUGAAAGAUACAACGGUACUCCGCUCUCUCGGGGAGACACGGGAGGAAAAUAUUUCGGCGUCUUCAAGGACAUCCCUCUUCCACCGGAUGCCUUACGCAAAUACCAUCUAUCUGACCUGCGCCAAGUUGAACUGUCGGACCUCAUUGAAUAUGAUACGUCAUUCCACGUGGUACCAAGACCGGAAAUGCUGAAGAUUUGGCUUGGCCAAACAACGGCAGAAACGCUCGUCUUGUUGGAGAAGGGAAAGAUAGCCGGUUACGGAUCAAUCAGGCCUGCUAUGAACGGUUUCUACCUUGGACCCCUCUAUGCAGAAAAUACGAUCGGAACCCUGGUUCUCUUCAAGGCUUUGGUGGACCUCAUUCCACGAGAUUCCAACGUCGAUUUUUUUCUGCCACAUGCGAACGAAGCGGGUCAACAGAUUUUGAAAGCCAACGAAAGCACCGUAGGGUUGUACGACACUUUUUACAAAUGUGCUAGGAAAAGUUAUAUUCCAGUACCAAAAUGGACUAAUGUAUUUGCAUUACUCUUUAACGAGUGCGGACUGUGCUAA